CGGUCAGAGAGGUAGCCUGCAGCGUCCCAGCAUGCUGAAUCAACCUCAAAAUCAGCCCGCCCUCAAGGCACCAACCACCAACACGCACCUGCUAUCGGACAGCGUAACCAACCUAGCUCAGCGGAUCGCUCGAGCCAUCUCGAACCAGAAAAGCAAGACGGAGAUCUUCUCACCCGUCAGCAUAGCGGGCGCACUGUCACUGCUGCUGCUGGGAUCCGGUGGCCAAACCCAACAGGAGCUGCUUGCCGUUAUGGGCCUUAACAAGGGACAGCUCUCGUUCCAGGAGAUCCAUAUCGGGUUCGGUCGGCUGUUUCAGGACCUGGUGUCGAACGAUCCAAGCCUCGAACCGUUGGUCACCUGGCGCUUGAAUGAUAAGUGCAACCGAGUUGAAGAGGACGAGUACGACGAUGAAUUCACACCUGCCCAGUCGCCGAGCAACACGACCGAAAUCCCGCCCGAUUACGAUCCAGCGGCGCAUGAAAUAUCGCUCGCCAACGGGAUUUUUGUGCUGCGCGAUUUUCCACUCAGCGAAUCGUACCGCAACCGAUCGAUGGUGCUGUACAACUCCGAGGUCCAACCGAUGGACUUCGAGCUGGAUGCGGUCGGUUCGACGAAGAAAAUCAACGGUUGGGUGAGCGAAAAAACGCACGGCAAGAUCCCGAACAUUCUGCCAUCGACGCUGUCCCCGAACACGGUCAUGGUGCUGGCCAGUGCGAUGUAUUUCCGCGCCCUGUGGGCGGAAACGUUCAUCGACGGUGCGACGAAACCGCGCGAAUUUUUCCCAAAUGGCCACAACCACCCACCAGUGAUGGUAGACAUGAUGGCGCACGGUGGAUGUUUUCCGUUCUACGAAUCACCUGAGCUGGACGCGCGCAUCAUCGGACUGCCGUACAAGAACAAUCUCACCACGAUGUACGUGAUCAUGCCGAACAACUCGACCCGGGCGAAACUGCAGGCGCUUAUUGCGCGGAUGAGUGGGGACAACCUGCAGCAGAUGAUCGAUCGCAUGAAGAUCAAGACGUCGAUCAUCCUGUUCCCGAAGAUGCACAUCAGCAACUCGAUGGAUUUGAAGCGUGUCCUGCAAACGCUCGGCAGCCGCUCGCUGUUCAGAGCCGACCAAAGCAAUCUUUCCGGUAUGAUGGAAUCUGGGGCUUCAUCGCCGCCGGAGCAGUAUGUGAACCGGUUGCAGGGGGCCACACUAUCGCCCCAGAUGGAGCCGAGACCGACGGUGAACAUUCCUCCGUACGUGCCGAAACCGGCUAUGGGCAGCGUGCCCGAUCUAGCGAACCAGCUGGUAUUUUCGAGGCACGAUAACGACGAGGAUAUGAUGAUGAAAACCACGACCAAUGAGCCAAUGGAAUCCACCGUGGAAGGAUCCUCCCCGAUGCCGACCAACAUCCCUGGAACGAUGCUUCCAUUGGUGCGGAAUAGAUCGAAGCGUGAUGUUAGCUAUAAAGUUCCGAGCAGCAGGCACGUCCAGACGGGGCCACUGAGUAGCAAGGACUUCAUCCUGAACAAGCGCAUCGUCAAGGAGAACGGAUCGGUUGGAAAAAAGAGCUUCCGGAGACGCAGCAAGCGUGAUGCUCAGCAGCAGCUGUACGUCAGUGACGCCGUCCACGAGGUCGACCUGGAGAUCAACGAGACGGGUACGGAGGGUGGCGCGGCUACGGUCGUCACGCUUAACCGAUCCGGCACGAGCGUCGUGUUCCGGGCGGAGGCGCCAUUUUUGGUGGUGAUCCGGAACGAUCGCACCCGGUUGCCGCUGUUUUACGGUGCCAUCUAUGAUCCGCGCAGCUGAAGCAGAGAAGAAUAAGCUGUAGCUGAUGGUAUCAGCAUACUACUAUUUAAUCGCUAGCCGAAUCCAGUGCAAUUAAGAGUUAAGGAGAGCUAUUUUUGAAGACGAAUGCCCAAUGGCAACGACUACAAACGGUUGUAUGUGUAUCGAAUUGUUAGGAUCGAAGUGUGCGGAAGGUUUCCUAGUAACGGAUUUUUUUUUACAAAUAAAUACAUAU